CAAAAAAAAAAAAUCUUUUUUUUUAUGUGUAUAUCUACUCCUAAAUAAAUAAAUGUCUUUUACUAAUCUACGCAACUUUUCUACAAAAAUGGCUUUUACAUACAAGGAAGCAGUGGAGAAACUCAACUCAUUACAAAGCAAUGCUGCUCUUCUCGAGAAACUUCGUCAAGCAGGUCCUCGUAUGAACGAAAAGAGUCUACCUGAAAUGAGAGACUACUUUAAAAGAAUAGGUUAUGAGCCCAAAGACUUUGAUAAGCUCAACCUGAUCCAUGUCACUGGUACAAAAGGAAAGGGUUCAACCAGUGCACUCACCCAAGCCACUUUACACCAUUACGAUACUUCCAUCAAGACAGGUUUAUUCACUUCUCCUCAUCUCGUGGCUGUCCGAGAACGUAUUCGUAUCAACGGUGUUCCCAUCAGUGAAGAACUCUAUGCAAAAUAUACUCAGGAUGUGUGGGAACGUUUAGAAGCCACCAAGGAAGAAGCUGUUAGAGCCAUGAACCUUUCCGAGCAAGACACCAAGGAAAUCCUUAGAAACACAAGAGAGCAUCCCGAUAAGCCUAUCUAUUUCAGAUUCUUGACUUUGGUCGCACUACACGCAUUCAUUCAAGAAAAGGUCGACUGUGCGAUUUUGGAAGUGGGCGUGGGUGGAGAAUACGAUUCAACAAAUAUCAUUGAAAGACCCGUGGUAUGUGGUAUCACUGCGUUGGGAUUAGAUCAUGUGACUGUCUUGGGCAACACCAUUGAUCAAAUUGCAUGGCACAAGUCGGGUAUCAUUAAGCCUAAUGUUCCCGUGGUUGCGUUUGAACAAGUUCCUGCAGCCAUGGAAGUGGUAGAGAAGAGAGCUCAGGAAAAGAAUGCGCCUUUGACUGUUUUGCAUGCGCGUGAUGUAUCCAAGUUAGAUGGUGUUGAAAUCGGUUUGGCUGGAUUACAUCAAAAAUACAAUGCCUUGACCGCCAUCGAAUUAGUCAAAAUCUGGUUAAAGAAAAUGCGUGGUGUGGAUUUUACUGAAGAUGUGCCUGAAUCUUUCAAGAAGGGCUUAAAAUUAGUGACUUGGCCUGGACGAGGACAGGAAUUAAAUGUACGGGAAACCAAAUACAGUGCAUUGUGUGACAAUUUGACUUGGUUCUUAGAUGGUGCCCAUACUGUUGAAAGUCUGUCUACCUGUGCCGAUUGGUUUAAAAACGUCCAAAAGAAAGUAACUAGUAAUGAUGAGGUGUUGCGUGUGUUGGUGUUUAACUGUACGCACGGUCGUGAUGCAGCUCGGUUACUGGAAAUUAUCUCGGGCAUUCAAUCGGACAUCAAGUUUGAUCAUGUUAUUUUCUCUACCAAUAUCACUUUUAAACAAGGUUAUACGGCAGAUAAUACCAACAAAACCGUGACAUUAGAAGAAGUGACGUUGGUACAGCAGGAAUUAGCUUCUAGCUGGAAACAACAAGUGCCUCAUUUCGAUACCGACAACAUUCAUACCGUUCCUACCAUUGAGGAUGCUGUGGAUUUUGCAGUGGAGCUUGCCAAAUCAAACAGUAAACAAGUGCAGGUCUUGACCACAGGUAGUUUGAUUAUGGUAGGCAAUACAUUGACUGUAUUGGGCAUACAACCUCAAUAAAAAUGUGACAUCAUCCAUUUUUAUUUUUAUUUUUCUGAUAAAAUGAAAAAAAAAAAAAAAUUAAAUAAAUUGUAUACCUUUUCUUUCCCUCUUUUAUUAUAAAA